CGAUUCAAAAAUGUAAGCCUCAGCAAGCGAUUUCAAGGUGGAAGGAAGCCUGAGUCUGUUUUCUACCGCCUUGUCUUGAAUCAUUUUGACUCUCAAGCUAGCUUCUCCAGACAAAAGAGAGGCCACAAAUGCUCACUAACUAGUUUACGAGGCCAUGGGACCAAUUACUUCUGGUAGAGCACAGAUACAAACACGGUAUUGAUAUCCUUGGAACUAUUUGCAGGUGAUGCCUUUAAUGAAGUGUCUCACGUUCGACAUCAUAUGCUCCCUUAUGUUCGGGUUGAAGAGGGGUCCCAUGCGAGAAGGCCUGGCGAAGGAUUUUGCGGACAUGCUGGCGGGAAUGUGGGCGGUGCCCCUGAACCUGCCCUUCACCCACUUCAGCAGGAGCCUGAGAGCGAGCCAGCGGGCUCGAAAGGUGCUCGCCGGAAUCACCCGAGAGAGAAGGUCCAUGGCGGCCCAAGGCCAGGACUCCUCCGGCGAAGAAGACCUCAUCACCCGUCUGCUCACCUUGGGUGGUGAAGAUGGCCCCGAUGGAUUAACCGAUGAAGAAAUCGUGGACAACGCGAUGCUCGUCAUGGUCGCUGGUCAUGACACCUCGUCCAUCCUCAUGACCUUUAUGAUCCGCCACCUCGCCAAGGAUCAAGUCACCUGUGACGCCGUCGUUCAUGGUAACAAAUCUUUUUGCUUGUUAUCUAUGAUUUCAUAUGAGUUAUUUAAAUGAUUGCCUCAUUUUUUAUUUUUUAAGAAUUGUU